UGGUGUUAGACCACUUGUUGUCCCUGUCAACAGUGAUAGCGUGAGUCCUACCUGAAGAGUGACAGCGCGAUUUCCUUAAGGUGUUUCAGUUGAUGCUUUAUCAAGAUGGAAAUGGCGAGAACCCCGCUGUUGGUACUUUCAUUCUUCAUGCACCAGUCAUCAGCUGAGACCAACUGUUUCUUGUCAUCAGACGACGGUCGUUGUAUUGACUGUCACAUGGGCUGGUAUGGGGACUACUGCAACUACAAAUGUCCCGGCUACUGCGACACCGGCGGCUGUCACAAGGACACCGGGAUAUGUAUACAGUGUGCAGCUGGUUAUCAUGGCAUCAACUGUACAAUAACAUGUCCCCCCAACUGUAGAUACAGUCAUGGUGACAAGCCCCACUGUAGCCGGGAGACAGGGAACUGUCUGGAAAACUGUCUGGAAGGCUGGUGGGGAAAGAAGUGUGAACACAGAUGCAGUGAGGGAUGUGAAGACAACUCCUGCUACUUCUGGGACGGGUCGUGUGCUAGAGGAUGCAGGGAUGGUUGGGCCGGUGACAGUUGUGACACCAGGUGUCCAGUGGGGUGUCAUGGUGACACAUGUGAGAGGUACGGCAGCCACACAAGUGCACAAGUGCACAAAUGCACACAAGGAUGUCAACCCGGUGUUCACGGACAUCACUGUGACAAGCAGUGUAACAGACACUGUAGACAUCAGGACUGUUUCUAUGACCACAAUAUGAAGUCUACAGUCUGCAGACAGGGCUGUGUGGACGGCUGGAUGUCCCUCGACUGCAAGAUGAAGUGUCCUGGUAACUGUGAGGCAUGUUCUCAAGAGACUGGGGAAUGUUCCAGAUGCAAGCCUGGCUACUGGGGAACUGACUGCACUAGACCAUGUAGUGACACCUGUACCGACAAGACAUGUGACAGAGGUGAUGGAGGAUGCAAGAGACAACUCGGUGUGAACAACUUUGACAACCGUUGUGGAACUGCUUGUAUUGGUUGUCUGAAGACGUACAAGCCAUGUGGAUGUCAAGAUAUAUGCAUGGUUCAAUGUUUGCCCAUCACAUAUGACUCCAAGGGGUGUUCAGAACCAGACCUAAAUACAAGUGGAUCAUACAUGCUUCGUGAUGAUGCCCUGGUUAUCACUGCGGUGGUAUAUUUCAGUUUGAAACUGAAACAAUAAACUAGAGACUUGUAUUCUAAUAGAAUUAUCAAACGAUCAUCAUGAAUGUAUCAGUGUGGUUUUAUUUUCACUACAGAUAUUUAUAACCCCUGAAGAGUCAUGGGCUUUUAGAGGGAAAUGUGAUGGGAAAAGAGGGUAGGCAAAAACUCAGAGAUUUGCCAGACUUUUCGGAAGCUGAGAUAGAAAACACGUUAGACGUUUGCAUUCUGUAUACCAUUGUUACAGCAUAUCUCAGAUAUAAGAUAUAGUUUACUACUUUCUAAAAUGUAACAAAUAUGCUUUAUUUUGUGAAAGAUAACAUCCAUAUGAAAUUGACAUUUCGGCAAGAGUCAGACAUCUCUAGGCGACAGUUAUGCUCCCUUUCUUUCUAAUCUCUAGGUCUUGUUUACAUGAAUUGGAAUCUCUGCUCAGAAGUACUUGUUUGAUCAGGGUUACAGCCUUUAACGGCGGACAAAACGGUUUUGACGUAUCACUGACCAACAUGAUGUAAUGUCUCAGUUUUAACUUGUUCUCGAACCAAGUACAUGUACAUUGUCCUUUUCUUUAAGCGGAGAUUUCUAAUGAUUAUUGAAAAUCUUUAGUUGUUUGCAUUUAAUGGAACGAGAUUUGAAAGUAUACUUUUAGGAUAUUUUUGUAUUUGUUUUGUCAAAUAAAUAUAUUUGUUUCUUUUUCAA